GAUACCUAACAAUAGAUCGCAAUUGUCAUUCACCCGGCAGUCGCUCUGCGCCUCAGCACUGCCAAGGUUACCGAUGAUGCCAGCCAAUGGGUCACUAGAAAGUACGCUAACGGGUUUGGUUACGAAAGAUACUGCCUGAGCAAUAUGUUCCGUGGUGGAUUCUCGGCACUGGCGUACUGCGCCGCCCUCGACCUCCUCCAGUCACAGGAGAAUGGUGACUUCAUCGACUAUGAGACGCGACGAGACGAUGUCGGCAUGCGCAUCGAGGCGAAGGGUCUGCAUUUUACUUACAGCGGCUGCCAGGAGCCUACUCUGCACGACAUCAACCUCACCGUUGAGCCUGGCACGACUCUGGCUAUCGUCGGUUUCAACGGCUCGGGCAAGACGACGCUGCUGCGGCUGCUCCUGGGCCUGAUGGGAAUGGAGGGGACGACGGGCAAUCUGAAAAUCAACGGGCUCGCAAUUGACCAAUAUCAGCCCUCAACGCUCUUUAACCGCAUGAGCUGCUGCUUCCAGGAGCACGCCAAGUUCCCUGAGUCGCUGCGUUUCAACAUCGGCGUCGGGGAUGUUGAGCGCUUCGAUGAUGACACAGCGCUCAUGGCCGCCGCCAAGAUUGGGGGCGUCGAAGGUCUGUCGCAGGAACUCGGGGGUUUCGACCGCCUCCUGAACCCCUCGGACGCUGCCGAGGCUAUGAAAGCCGAUGAGGAGGAUCUGGAGGAGGAAGGAGAUGUGCGGCGGCGUCCCGCGGCCUCCCUCAGCCGCGGGCAGUGGCAGCGCAUUGCCAUUGGCCGCGCCUUCCUCAAGACCGAGAUCGCGGGCGGUGUCGAUCUUUGUGUGUACGAUGAGCCGACCGCGAGUCUGGACCCUGUCGCCGAGCACGAUCUGAUGGAGCGCAUCUCGUCGCUGUCGCGGAAGAGCGGGCGCACCACGACCAUCUUCGUCUCGCACCGCCUCGCGAGCGUGCGCCGCGCCGACCAGAUUGCGUUCAUGGAGAAAGGACGCAUUGUCGAGCUGGGUACGCACGCCGAGCUCCUCGCGCUCCGCGGCAGGUUCUUUCGCUUCUGGGAGCUGCAGAGCAAGGCGUUCGUGGACGAUAGCAAUGAGGGAGCAGACGUCAGCGACGCGGAGAAGGCCGAGGUUGACGAGCUUGGCUCGCACGCGGAAAUUGGAGCUUGAUCUUGUGCAUUCGACGUUUUGAAGUAUGCAUUGAGCAGUGGCGGAAUGCAGUGGCAAACUGGCGGGGGUAUUAUCGGAGGUUUAUUGCGUUUUCGUCUGCGUCUGCAAACUGAGCGGCACUUGCCAUUUUCAACGCUCAACACGGCGCUCACGUCGCUCACGUCGGUCAGUUACCGAGACGCGGUUCAGAUCUCAUAGUUGAUUAUGUACGGUUAAUUACACGUUUAUCUG